GAUCAGUUGACUGAUGCUGUCCGCCACGAAUCGGCCAGUCCUCCACGUGAGCGACGGAGUCCUUGGAGUUCCGACGCGUGGACUCUGAGCCGUCCAAGUUGGACUCGCCUGAUUAUUAGUCGCGGCUCCCGAGUCACGCCGUAAUCCAACACCAAGGGGGAGACGAGAGAGAGGAACAGGAACCAGGGACGGUGGAGCGGAUGCCGACGGUCGUCGCGUUGCUCUCCCGGGCCUCUUUCCUCGCACGGCAGCGCCCACUGCUGCCGUCGAUGGCCUCACUGUCUGGUCUUCACGUUGCCCAUCUAUUCUCACCGUUUGGGCCAUCGAAGCCCCGGCUGCACGCUGUCCUCGCCUGCGCCGCAGUCCCAUUCAACGAAUUCGACGCCAAGGUCAGAUCCAAGAGCCACUCGUCCAAGAAGUCACCACUAUUAAGUUUGAUAGAAGAGAUUGAACCUAUGGAUGUGGGCCACAUCCAAAAAGAUGCACCACCUAACACAGUGGAUGCAAUGAAAAGGACUAUUUCAAGCAUGUUGGGUCUUCUUCCAUCCAAUCAAUUUACUGUGGUAGUUGAAGUUCUUUGGGCAUCACUUUUCAAGUUAUUAGUUUCUUCCAUGAAAACAGGGUACACAUUACGCAAUGCAGAAUAUAGGCUUUUUCUUGAAAAUAAUUUAGAUAUUCCCGAAGAUGAUGGUGGAGGAAUAGAUCAUCUAGGAAACGAUAAUAAUGAGAUUUUAUCUGAAAGGACUUGUAUAAUGUCAAAUUCGUUAGAGGACAAUGAUUUCCUAGAGGAUCAUAAUAUGCUUGGACAUGAUGGAUCUUGUGAGGAUAUUAGCACUAAAAUUUGUGGUGAUCUGACACUUCAAGCCAUAGAAUAUAUUCAGCAGCUGCAAUCCAAGUUAAAUUCUGUGGAAAAGGAGUUACAUUCUAUGAAAAGGAAACAUUCUGCCCUUAAGAUGCAACAGUUUGUAGGAGAGGAAAAGAAUGAAUUGCUGGAUUAUUUGAGAUCAUUGCAACCUGAGAAGGUUGCUGAAAUUUCCGAGCCGACUUACUCUGAGGUGGAAGAUGCCAUUCACUCAGUAGUACAUGGCCUACUCGCAACUCUGUCUCCAAAUAUGCAUCCUAGUCCACCUCAUCAAUCUGAAAACAUGAUGGCUGGAAACACAUGGAAGGAUGACUCUUCCGAAUGUGAUAGCACCUAUCUUAAGUUUCAGCCUAUGAUUAUAGUCCCUCGUGACUUUCUUGCACGCCUUCUUUUCUGGUGCAUGCUAUUAGGCCAUCACAUUAGAGGCCUCGAAUACAGGCUAGGGCUCGUGCAACUAUUCAACAUAUCUGAAUGAACAAACUACAUCACCGGAUGGCAUUACGGAGUAGUACAUCUUUUUGUCAGAGAGGGCUGUCCAGUAAUACGAGUUCAUCCCCUUAUUCAGCAAGACACGCAAUGACACUGAAUUGGGUAACCACUGCAAAAUCUGGUAGCGCAAAGCAGUGUCCUUUCGGCUAGUCUAGGAACAUCUGGUCGGCACAAGUUACUGCAAGCCUUCUUAGUGAGUACGCACGCCAAAAAUGUAAAUAGUGUCAGUAUGUAAAUAAUUGCUACAAAAGAUUGGUUUAUCUUAGAUGCAUUCUUGUUGGGAACACUCAAUUUCAUGCAUCUUGACAACUUUUUUUAUGUAAGGCCAACUGCAAUCAAGUGUAGUCUUUGUUUGGUGUUUGUAUUUAUCCAGACCUCUCUGUCAGAUUUCCUCA